UCAUUUGGAGAGAGAGAGAGAGAGAGAUCUAUCUAUCUAAUCUGUCUAUCUAUCAUCACCUCUAAAUUACAAAACGAAAACCACUACAACAACUGGCUUUCCACAUUUCCCAAACCAUACAUUAUCCACCGGAGAGAAUUCAUCCAUCAUGGAGGCGACGCAGGUGAUGAGGUUCGAGGAGACCGAGCUCCGCCUUGGCCUUCCCGGCAACGCCGCCGUUGCGGCGGGGAACGGUGGUGUGAGGAAGAGAGGAUUCUCUGAGACUGAGACCAUGGAUCUGCAGCUCAACCUCUCUUCUUCCUCCACCACCGCCACCAAGCUGGACGCUCCACCUUGUGCUGCCGCCGCAGCUGGCAAGUUGCUUGAUGCUUCUCCUCCUCCUCCUGCUGCUGAUCAUCAGAAUCAGAUGGAGAAGUCCCUUCUCCAGGCAGAUCCCGCCAAGCCUCCUGCCAAGAAGAACAUGGUGCAGGCGGCGGCGGCCGUCAAGAAGAGCACCACCACCAUUAAUGCAGGGAAGGAGAAGGAAGCUGCUGUUUCGGCGGCGGAGAGCGAGGUGGCGGCAGGGAGCUUCGUGAAGGUGAGCAUGGACGGGGCUCCCUACCUGAGGAAGGUCGACCUGAAGAUGUACGCAAGCUACAAGCAGCUCUCCGACGCCCUUGCCAAGAUGUUCAACUCCUUCAGCACUAAUGAAGCAGCUGCUGGUGCUGGUGCUGGGGGAAUGAAGGAUUUCAUGGGCGAGAACAAUAGUAGUGCUGCUGGUGAUGAUUACGUCCCGACCUAUGAGGACAAGGACGGUGACUGGAUGCUCGUCGGCGACGUCCCUUGGGAGAUGUUUGUGGUUUCGUGCAAGCGGCUUCGCAUCAUGAAGGGGAAGGACGCCAUUAUUGGGCUUGCACCAAGAGGCAUGGAGAAGCGCAAGAACAGGGCCUAGGUAAAGCCACACAAGCUGCUGCUCCUUUUCAACCGCAUGCAGCAGCUGGGGAGAUGGAUUGAGCAGCUGGCUGUGUGUCUGUGUUUUUUUAUUUGGCAUUGCCAUAUAUAUGGUUUUAACUGUCGUAAUACUACAUACCAUAUGAGAAUAAUAAUGUUAUGUACUUAAAUUUGUGCCCUGAUGAACGCUUGUUUGAUUUUGUGUGCACUUUUUUUUUCUUCCUUUCUUUGUUUCUAUUUUGUUUGUGAGACAGUUACUUCUAUAGUAUAAAAGUUGUCGGUGUUGCUGUUUAUUACUACUGCCUACGUACAGACAGGAACUACAAUUUUAUCUGUAUUUUGCAAUUUGCUGCUGGCUGGCUCUUGAUCGUGCCCAGC